CCCUCUGGAACAUGAGCCCUGGCUUCUUGUUGUUGUUGUCGUUGUUGUCGUUAACGACCGGAAGUGAGUGCAGCAGACAAAGCUUUCCCUCUUGAGGUCCUUGCUCACCCGGAGCAUCCCAAGACCCAAAGAGAUUGCAAGAAGUUCUGGCAGGGACGGAGCGGCUGUGCCUGGGGGCCUCUUCUCAUUAAAGCCAACCUGCGCUCAACCCGGCGAGAGAUACAUGCCUGAAAGCCUCUUUUUUCCCUUCAUGGAUUUCAUCUUCUGCAGUUGAAAAUUACUUGUAAGCAAAGAGGACUGAGAGUUGUCCAGGGUCUCUUCAUGUAGUUCAGGUCCUAUCAAGAAAAGUAACUUUGGAUCCUGGAGAAACAUUGGUUCCAUUUCGACUUGCAUCAGAGAAGGCAGAGAAAAUGGACUUACAGUACUCACCAGAGGAAGGAGCAGGAAAAGGUCCUUGUGUUGCUCACCCUGAGAUCAGAGGAGGAAGAACUGGGCAAAAUAAUGUCGAAGAAACCAUCAGUCUGCAUGAUGAGUGCCAGCACUUCAGUGACUUCCAGUAUGAGGAAGUUGCAGGGCCACGAGAGAUGUGCAGCCAAUUGUACCACCUUUUCAGUCAGUGGCUGAAGCCAGAAAGGAGCACAAAAGCUGAGAUGAUAGAUCUCAUGGUCCUGGAACACUUCCUGGCCAUCCUGCCCCCAGAGGUGAAAAGCUGGGUCAGGGAAUGUGGAGCAGAGACCAGCUCCCAGGCAGUAGCCCUAGCAGAAGGCUUCCUCUUGAGCCAAGGAGAGGGAAAGAAGCAGGAAGACCUGCAGUCCCAGGGAUCCUUCAUGGAGGUGGUCAUUGGAAGCUCCAAGGCAAGGGUAUGUUCCUUUCAGGGAAUGGCAGUUUCCCAAGAAGAUCCAAGUCAGGACACCUUAACAGUCUCUCCCCAGAUUUUUAAUGAUGCUUUCAAAAAGUCAUCUUCCACCAAUUUUGGCCCUCUCACAGGGAACAGAACUAAAUUGCCGGUGUUUGUAGAAUCGCCUCCUCGGGGUAACAGAGCAGAAACAGCAGCAUCUGUGCCUCCGCUUCAGGAGCUGGCUCUGUUUUCUGGUGAAGGGGAUUGGGAUCCACUGGAUCCUGAACAAAGAGGCCUGCACGGGGAAAUCAUGCUGGGGAAUUCAAGGAAUGUGGCUUCUCUGGCAGAUGAUGGGCAGGAGAAUAAGAAUAAUGAGAAAUCAACUAUGUUGCAUUUGCAAACAAUCAAGCAUGAACUACAGGAAGAGAUGUUUCAAAAUCAGUGGGGACCAAAAAGGCCUGAAGAAAACCAAUCAAGUGACAGUGGAGAAAAAUCAGCUACUUCUCAAAGUGCAGAAAUUCAUGACUAUCCAGUUGAACAUCAAAAAGGAAGUAAAACAGAAAAGGGUCUAGCGCAUGGGAAAACAUUCAAAGAUAAAUCUGAUUUAAGUAAACAUUGCAGAACCCAGACAAAAGAGAAACCGUAUGAAACAGAACAUAGAAAAAAUUACAAUCAGAGCUUCUCUUUUAAUUUAUAUCAAAACAUAUCCUCAGGAAAGAAACAAUAUAAAUGCAUGGAAUGUGGAAAAAACUUCAACCAUUCAAGUUCCCUUACUACCCAUAAAAGGAUACACACAGGGGAGAAACCAUUUAAUUGUACAGUGUGUGGAAAGAGCUUCAGUAUGAGCAGUUCCCUUAUAUCCCACAAAAGGAUACACACAGGGGAGAAGCCAUAUAAAUGCCUGGAGUGUGGAAAAAACUUCAGUGGGUUGAGUUCAUUUACUUCCCAUAAAAGGAUCCACUCUGGGGAGAAGCCAUAUACAUGCCUCGAGUGUGGGAAGAGCUUCAGGGGCUUGAGUUCAUUUACUUCCCAUAAAAGGAUCCAUUCUGGAGAGAAACCAUAUAAAUGCACGGAGUGUGGGAAAGACUUCCGCAAGAGUGAUCAUCUUACUAUCCAUAAGAGGAUCCACACAGGGGAAAAGCCAUACAAAUGCAUGGAAUGUGGGAGGAGCUUUACUCGCAACAGUCAACUUACUUAUCAUAAAACAGUCCACACAGGGGAGAAACCUCUAAAUUCAAAAUCCAGCAGAGUCUUCGGAUUUGGUUGGAACAUCAUUUCAGUGCAGAGAAAAAUGGCAUCACAAGACACAGCAGGGGAAGGAGAAGGAAACAGGUCCCAUAGUGUCCUGGUUGGGACUAGUGGGAAAUUCUGGGAAAAAACCAAGCAGAAUGUCCUGGAAGAAGAAACUACCAGCUGGGUGGUACAACAUCGCCAAUUCAGAGAGUUUUGCUACCAAGAGGCUGAGGGGCCCCGAGAAGUUUGCAGCCGACUCCACCGCCUUUACCAUCAGUGGCUGAAGCCAGAGAAGCACACAAAAGCUCAGAUGCUGGACCUGGUGGUCCUGGAGCAGUUCCUGGCCAUCCUGCCCCCAGAGAUGGAGAGCUGGGUGCGGGAGUGUGGAGCGGAGACCAGUUCCCAGGCAGUGGCCCUCGCAGAAGGUUUCCUCCUGAGCCAGGCAGAGGAGAAGGAGCAGGGAGAGAUGCAGAUUCAGGGGGCUUUCAUGGAGAUGGCCACUGAACCCCCCAAAGCAUGGGUGGAUAUGUUAUAUCCCCUUAAGGAGCUGGUUGGGGAGAUCUCCCAGGAGGAUCUAUCUCAGAGCAUAUCAGCAGAGAACAGAGCAACACUGAUGGUACCCUUAGAAACAUCUCUUCUUUGUGGUGGAGCAGGAACAGCAGUUGGGCUUCAAAGUCAGACUCCUAUGUCUUUUGAGGAUGUAGCUGUAUUUUUCUCUAAAGAGGAGUGGGGUCUGCUGGAUUUUGAUCAAAGAACCCUCUACAGGGAGGUCAUGAUGGAAAUUUCUGGGAAUGUAGCCUCCAUGGGUGAUGGACAGGAGAAUGAGGAUUAUAAAGAACAAAUUAUGGAGGUUUCCAGAACAGCCAAAAUGAAAAUUGGAGAAGGGAAAUUUGGAAAUCAGCAGGGACCAGAAAUGACAGAGGAAAACCAGUUCAGCAGUUGGGUGGAGAAAUCCUCUACUUCUCAAUGUGCAGAAAUCCACAUCUUUCUGACCCCACAAGAUGAGAAAGAAAAAUGUUGUACAAGAUGUGGCAAAACAUUCAGAGAUAAAUCAGAUUUAUGUGGAUAUUGCAGAACCCAAAAUAAAGAGAAGCAUUAUGAAUGUACACAAUAUGGGAAAAGUUGCAAUUGGAGCUUCCCUCCUACAUUACAUCAAAACAUCCACACUGGAGAAAAACCUUAUAAAUGCACUGAGUGUGGAAAAAGCUUCGGGUGGAACUGUCGCCUUACUUCACAUAAGAGGAUCCAUUCAGGGGAGAAACCAUAUAAAUGUUUGGAGUGUGGAAAAAGCUUUAGUGGUUUGAGUUCAUUUACUUCCCAUAAAAGGAUUCACUCAGGAGAGAAACCAUAUAAAUGCUUGGACUGUGGAAAGAGCUUCAGUAUGAGCAGUAAUCUUACAUCCCACAAGAGAACCCACACAGGGGAGAAACCAUAUACAUGCCUGGAGUGUGGAAAGAGCUUCAGUAUUAGUAGUUCACUUAUUUCCCACAAGAGGAUCCACACAGGGGAGAAACCAUAUAAAUGCUUGGAUUGUGGAAAGAGUUUCAGUAUGAGCAGUAACCUUACAUCCCACAAGAGGAUCCACACAGGAGAGAAACCAUAUAAAUGCCUGGAUUGUGGAAAGACUUUCAGUAAAAGCAGUUACCUAACUUCUCAUAAAAGGAUCCACACAGGGGAGAAACCAUAUAAAUGCCUGGUGUGUGAAAAGAGCUUCAGGGGAUUGAGUUCAUUUACUUCCCAUAAAAGGAUCCACUCAGGGGAGAAACCUUAUAAAUGUAUGGAGUGUGGAAAGAGCUUCAGUAUGAGCAGUUCCCUUACUUCCCAUAAAAGGAUCCACACGGGAGAGAAACCAUAUAAAUGCAUGCAGUGUGGAAAGAGCUUCCGCAAGAGUGAUAAUCUUACUUGUCAUGUUAGAAAACACACAGGGGAGAAGCCAUAUAAAUGUAUGGAGUGUGGAAAGAGCUUCAGUACCAGUAGUGAUAUUAGUUCCCACAAAAGGACUCACUCAGGGGAGAAACCAUAUAAAUGCCUGGAGUGUGGAAAAAGCUUCAGGGGACUGAGUUCCUUUACUUCCCAUAAAAGGAUACACUCAGGAGAGAAACCCUAUAAAUGUACAGAAUGUGGAAAGAGCUUCAGUAUGAACAGUUCUCUUACUUCUCAUAAAAGGAUCCACACACGGGAGAAUCCAUAUAAAUGUAUGGAGUGUGGAAAGAACUUCAGUAAGAGUGGUCACCUUACCUCUCAUAAAAGAAUCCACACAGGAGAGAAACCCUAUAAAUGUCUGGAAUGUGGGAAAAGCUUUAGUGGUUUGAGUUCCUUUAAUUCCCAUAAAAGAAUCCACUCAGGGGAAAAACCAUAUAAAUGUAUGGAAUGUGGGAAGAGCUUUAGUAUGAGUAGCUCUCUUACUUCUCAUAAAAGGAUCCACACAGGAGAGAAACCAUACAAAUGCUUAGAGUGUGGAAAGAACUUCAGUAAGAGUAGUUCCCUUACCUCUCAUAAAAGGAUCCACACAGGAGAGAAACCAUAUAGGUGCAUGGAGUGUGGAAAGAGCUUCAGUAUGAGUAGUAACCUUACUUCCCACAAAAGGAUCCACUCAGGGGAGAAACUAUACAAAUGCUUGGAGUGUGGAAAGAACUUCAGAUGGAGCAGCCGUCUGAUUUCCCAUAAGCGGAUCCACUCAGGGGAAAAACCAUAUAAAUGUUUGGAAUGUGGAAAGAGUUUCAGUGGCUUGAGUUCCUUUAAUUCCCAUAAAAGAAUUCAUACUGGGGAGAAACCAUACAAAUGCAUAGAGUGUGGAAAGAGUUUCAGUACAAGUAGUGCCCUUAUUUCCCAUAAAAGGAUCCAUACAGGAGAGAAACCAUAUAAAUGCACUGAGUGUGGUAAGUGCUUCAGUAAAAGCAGUUCUCUUACUUCCCAUAAACGGAUCCACACAGGGGAGAAACCAUAUACAUGCCUGGAAUGUGGAAAAAGCUUCAGCAUGAGCAGUAACCUUACUUCCCAUAAAAGGAUCCACACAGGGGAGAAACCAUACAAGUGCCUGGUGUGUGGAAAGAGCUUCCGGAAGAGUGAUAAUCUUACUUCUCAUAAAAGGAUACACAUUGGAGAAAAAGCAUAUCAGUGUAUGGAGUGUGGGAAAAGCUUCAGCAAGAGUAGUAAUCUUAAUGCCCAUAAAAGAAUUCACACAGGGGAGAAACCAUACACAUGCACAGAGUGUGGAAAGAGCUUUAGUAGAAGCAGUGUCCUUACUGCUCAUAAACGGCUCCACACAGGGGAGAAGCCAUAUAAAUGCAUGGACUGUGGAAAGAGUUUCACUAUAAGCAGUCACCUUACCUCCCAUAAAAGAAUUCACAGUGGGGAGAAACCAUAUACUUGCAUGGAGUGUGGAAAGAGCUUCAGUAUGAGUAGUCACCUUACUUCCCAUAAAAAGAUCCACAGUGGAGAGAAACCAUACAAAUGCCUGGAAUGUGGAAAGAGCUUCUACGAGAACAGCAACCUUACUUCCCAUAAAAAGGUCCACACAGGUGAGAAACCAUAUAAAUGCAUGGAGUGUGGAAAAAGCUUUUGUAAGAACAGCAACCUUACUUCCCAUAUAAGGAUACAUACAGGGGAGAAACCGUAUAAAUGCUUGGACUGUGGAAAAAGCUUCAGGUGGAGCAGUGUCCUUAAUUCUCAUAAAAGUAUCCAUACAGGAGAAAAACCAUAUAAAUGCCUUGAGUGUGGAAAAAGCUUCAGUGAACGUAGUUCACUUGCAUGCCAUAAAAGGAUCCAGACUGGGGAGAAACCCUAUAAAUGCAUGGAAUGUGGAAAGUGCUUCCGUAAAAGUGAUAAUCUUACUUGCCAUAUAAGAAAACACACAGGGGAGAAACCAUAUAAAUGUAUGGAAUGUGCAAAGUGCUUCAGUGACCGUAGUGCUUUUAGAUCCCAUAAAAGGAUCCACACUGGAGAGAAGCCGUAUAAAUGCAUGGUAUGUGGAAAGAACUUUAAUAUGAGCAGUCACCUUACUUCUCAUAAAAGGAUCCACACAGGAGAAAAACCAUAUAAAUGCAUGGAGUGUGGGAAGGGCUUCACUCAGAGUAAUCACCUUACUUCUCAUAAAAGGAUCCACACAGGAGAGAAACCAUAUAAAUGCAUGGAGUGUGGAAAAUGUUUCAGUGAUCGUAGUUCACUUGCUUUCCAUAGAAGAAUCCAUGCAGGUGAGAAACAGUGUUAAUUGAAUGAGGGAAGAACAUCAGCAUCUACUUCUCUUUCACAUCAAAGGACUCAUGAUGAGUGAAACCAUUAAAAUUAAUGUGAAGACAACUCUGAUACCAAUACAUUGAUAAAGGAACUGUACAGAGUCCUAUCCCUAUAAAUGCAUAAAAUCAGGACAAAUUUUAAGGUCUGUUUUGGUUUGUAAUAUCUUUUCAUCUGUGAAGAGUUUAUUUUAUAGAAUAAUCCUAUGUGAAAAAUUGCUUGCAAAUAUAUUGUUUAUUUGAGGUAAGCUGGGCUUCAGAUCUUAAUAAUACCUUGGAUUAACUCAAUUCUGAAGCUCGAUUUACCUCAUUGUUUUGGGGGGAGCUUAUUUUACUUAAGCAUUUGUUAUUUGGGGAUUUUGAUUUUGAUGCCUGUUUUACUUUUCAAAUUCAAUAUUUAUUAAAGAUUUUGGAGGACUUGUGGCUCCUAAAAACUAUUUUUAUAAAUUAGAUGAAAGUAAUAUUGUUAAUUAUGUGAACUUUGAAAUAACCCUUUUGUUAAUUAUGUGAUCUUUUGAGUUAUUUUUAAAUCUUUGAGAAGUUGCUUUAAAUUGUGAAACUAUUAUUUUUAAUCUACUGAUUAAUCUGGUAGAACAUUUUGUUUCAUAGAUAAUGGAUGCUUAGAAAAUGUCAAAUAGUGUUGGUUGCAGAAUAGCAAUUGCCUUGCAUGUUGGAACUGAAAUCUAAGAGUUGAAUGACAUAUACAGUAUAUCUCAAAUAUAGUAUCAUUCCUCUUGGAUUUAUCCCUUGUAUUUGGAAUGCCAUGAAGGCAAUCUAGAAUUGUGGAGUUACUCUGCAGGGGGGAUAGUCAGAAGAAUUAUUAUACAAGAUUGGAAGGAUAUAUAUACAUCUGAUUUGCAGCAGUGAAUUGCUAACAUGUUUACGUGAACAUCUGAUUUUUUAAAAAAACUUUUUAAAAACGUUUUAUUCUCACGAAAGGAAAGGAAGAGGACUCUUAAGUGUAGUGGGCUCUUUUUUUUUUAAUUUAAAAUUUUUAAUGUAUAGUUUCAGUAGUUUAUUUGGGAAAAUUUAACCCAGGAAGCUUCAAUUGUCAGUUAGAGAAGACAUUUUAAUUUUCCAGAUACAAAUCUGUAUCAUAAGGUUAUUUCUGCUUACUAGAAGCCAGCUUUCAUAGGCUAUUUUAGAACUGGCAUUUUAGAAUCCAUAUGUCUUGCAAGCUGAAGUUAAAGCUGAGAUAUUUUGAACAUACAAUGCGAAAGCAAGAGUCACUGGACAAGAUUCUGACACUUGAAAAAAACUAAAGGCAAUUGUAGAAAUGGCCAUGGUGGCUAGAUAAUGUCAUUAUACAUGACAUUAUAUAAUGUCAUAGAUUAUAUAAGCAGGAGCUUAUUGAUGGACAGGCAUGGUGAAACGAUGUCCUUUGGAUCACAAUGAGUUAGAAGUAAUUGAGCAACAACAAAGGUUGUUUCUAUCUUGGAAAGAAGGGCACUCCCCUACUUAUCAACCUAGGAAAUAAAUAAAUACAUUUUAAGGGGGGAGUGAUAUAAAGUACCAUAAUGGAGGAAUCCAAACCUGAAAAUAGCAAGGUAGUUCUUUUGUUGGAAAACCUGAAUGGGAAUAUUCAUUCUCCACCAGCUUCAUAAUAGUCCCUAUAUUUGUGUAAGCUUUUUAUCACCUGGCAUCCACACUGGAGGACUCUUUAGAAAUUUGGACUGUGUAUACCAGUUUUGUAUCUAAUUUUUCAUUCUUUCUAUUCUUAAGCACGCUGUAUUAAAUGUUAAUAAUUUAAUUGUAUUAUAUAAAUAUAUAGUAAGAUGGCAUGUGAUUAGUACAUGUUAGAUGUACACUUCU